GACAUUUUUAGGUGACAUGGCUGAGCACCAAGCAUGAGAAAGGUGCAGCAUCGUUGACAUGUAUCCACUGUGUGUGACACUUGCCGCUGAUCCACAGAGACCCCAGACUGAGGUCCGUUCAACAAUGGAUUGACUGGAUCGACUGAUUAAACAUGGACAUCUUUUCUCUGUUAAUGCUCCUACUUUCAUGCAGGAUUCAAGCAGUCGGAGCUCAGAUGAAGCUGUCACCUGGAACACUAACCGUGCUGCGAGGAGAGGAGGCCCGGCUUACCUGCAGUACCUCCAACACCCACUGGACCGUUAUGGUGUGGCUGCUGAAUGGUACAGCGGUUCUCACUAUCUCCAAGGAGAUUGGUGUCCUGCCCUCCAUCAACCCAAAUGUGACGGCCGAAAAAAGCCGUGUCUCACAGGGGGACAGCUGGGUGUUUGUCCUGAAAAACACACAGAGGCACAACCAGGGACAAGUGACCUGUGACCUCCAGGGUAUUGAUAGGAAAACAGCAAGCCUGUUUGUACAAGAAAAGGGCAGUGUGAGAGUCAUUGGAGAGGACAAGUUGGCUUUCAAGGGUCAGUCGGUCCUGUUUGAAUGCCAAGCAGCACGAUGGUACCCUCAACCCACUUUGCAAUGGCAGGUGAAUGACAAAAAGGUGAGCCAGGGUGAAUACAACAUCAGUAGUGAAGAGUCGGGGAAGAGCCUCUUUAAUGUGACCAGCAACCUCAGCUUCACGGCAGCAAAGAGCUCUAAUGUGGAGUGUCUGGCCUCUGUGUCUGCCCUUCCCACACCACUGAAGAGCAGCGUCCGCCUGACAGUGGUUGCAGAGGUGGUGCAGGAGGGAGAUGACUGCACAGUCCCUGUGGCGGUAACAGCCUCCCUCUCUGCCAUUGUGCUGCUCCUCCUGCUCUGCAUCUGCACUGUCCUCUGGUAUAGACAAAGGACACAAGCAAAACUGAGCCCACAGGAGACAAUAAGGUUUGACCAAUCAGUGAGUGGGAGAAGAUUGGUUGCUGAGGCGACAAGGGGGACGGUCAACCUGGGAUACUCUAGUGAGGGCCCCAAAGAUGCAGUUUACAAUGAGCUAAGCAUGGAAACUCGUAGGCAGGAGGACUUUGUCAGCUUUCACAAGGUCCCUGAUGUCGUUUCCUCCAGCAGCCAGUCUCUACACAGUGAGAACCAAGCACAGGUGUGCCUAGAGGAAACCUCCAAGAAUGUCAGGAGAAUUACCACAGUUUAAAUACGUUUAUUGUGAUAUUGUUUGAUAUUAAAAAAAAUAUAUAUUUACACUAUUUUACAGUACAGUAUUUACAGGUGGGUCACUUACCAGUGUUUGUAUGGUAUAAUGUUUCACAUUUCACAUUUUUGUAAAGCUAGAAGCUAAUGUUAUGUGAUCUUCAGCUAAAUGUGUACAGCACACUUAUUUUGAAAAUAUAUUGUGAUACCUUUACCUUUAACAUUUAUUGUAUCAUUUAAAAAAAUGUCAACUGUUUUAGAAUAAUAUACACAAAAACAUUUUUU